AUGGCGGAUCAGAACACUGUCAAGGAGGCUGAGGUCUCCAUGGCCAACCUCCAGCUUGACUCGGUUACCGGCGAGAUGGUCUCCAAGUCUGAGCUCAAGAAGCGUCUGAAGCUCCGUGAAAAGGAGGCCAAGAAGAAGGAGAAGGAAGCUGCCGCUCCCCCCAAGGCCCAGAAGAAGGUCUCUGCUGAGGAGGAGGAGGCUAAUCUGACCCCCAACCAAUACUUCGAGAUCCGAAGCAAGAGGGUCGAGAAGAUGUUCGAGUCUAAGAACCCGGACCCGUAUCCCCACAAGUUCCAAGUCACCAACGACCUGCGCGAGUUCCUCAAGGAGUACGAAGGCCUCCAGAAGGGCGAGCAGAAGCCCGAAAUUCCCAUCCGUCUUGCCGGUCGUGUCUAUACCAAACGCUCCUCCGGCCCUAAGCUGAUUUUCUACGACAUCCGUGCUGAGGGCAAGAAGGUCCAGGUUAUGUGUCAGGCCCAGAAUGCUACUGGCAGCGUCCCCUUCGAGCAGCAGCACGAGAAUCUUCGCCGAGGUGAUAUUAUCGGUAUUGUCGGUUUCCCCGGCCGUACUUCUCCCAAGAACCGUGACGACGGCGAGCUUUCUAUCUUCGCUACUGAGGUUAUUCUCUUGGCUCCAUGCCUGCACGCCAUUCCCUCUGAGCACUACGGCUUCCAGGACAAGGAGCUGCGCUUCCGUCAGCGCUAUCUGGAUCUUAUCAUGAACGAUCGUACCCGUGAAAUCUUCCGUACUCGCGCCAAGAUUGUUAGCUACAUCCGCAACUUUUUGGAUAGCCGUGAUUUCACCGAGGUGGAGACUCCCAUGAUGAACCAAAUUGCUGGUGGAGCUACCGCGAAGCCCUUUGAAACCCAUCAUAAUGAUCUUAACCAGAAAAUGCUUAUUGUGGGUGGUCUUGAGCGUGUGUACGAAAUGGGCCGCCAGUUCCGCAACGAAGGCAUUGAUCUUACUCACAACCCCGAAUUCACCACUUGCGAGUUCUACUGGGCCUACGCUGAUUACCAGGAUGUGAUGGACAUGACUGAGGAACUCGUUUCAGGCUUGGUCAAGCACGUCACUGGAGGAUAUGAGACGAAGUUUGUAACCCAAACUGGCGAGGAGCACAACAUUAACUGGAAGGCUCCCUGGCGCCGAAUUGAGAUGAUUCCAGGCCUGGAAGAAGCUACAGGGGAGACUUUCCCUCCUGCGGAUCAGCUUCACACCGCUGAGACUGGAGAGUUCCUCAAGCGUGUUCUCAAGAAGAUGAAUGUGGAGUGCACGCCGCCCUUGACCAACGCCCGCAUGCUGGACACGCUGGUUGGCGAAUUCCUUGAGAGCACUUGCAUCAACCCGACUUUCAUCAUGAGUCACCCUGAGAUGAUGUCGCCACUUGCUAAGUAUCACCGCAGCAAGCCUGGUCUUUGUGAACGCUUCGAAGCAUUCGUCGCCACAAAGGAGAUUUGCAACGCAUAUACCGAAUUGAACCAACCAUUUCAACAACGCUUGCGUUUUGAGGAACAAGCUCGUCAAAAGGAGCAGGGUGAUGAUGAGGCUCAGCUCAUUGACGAGACCUUCUGCACCUCCCUCGAGUACGGGUUGCCCCCGACUGGUGGCUGGGGUAUGGGCAUUGACCGGUUGGUGAUGUUCCUCACCAACAACUACAGUAUCAAGGAGGUUCUAGCCUUCCCAAUGAUGAAAGAGGAUAAGACUGCACAGCAUGGCAAGUCCGCUGCGGAUGCUGCUGGCAGCGUGCCCCAGCCUGAGGAGGGCAACCCCAACAAAUAG